AUUUUAUAGUCUCCUUCCCAUCUCUUUCAUCUUCUUCUUUUCUUGACCUGGAUCUCGAAACAACCCAAGCAAUGAAAGAAAAAAUCUCUUUGUGACGGAUUCUUUAUCUGAGAUCUUUGAAUCUUGAUUUGAGUUGAAAAGCCUGGGAUCUUUACUUUUGAGCUUCUUUUCAGCUCGGGGUUGACCAGGGUCAUAUAUUUAAUAAUUUAGUUGAUUGAAGGCUUUGUGAUUGGAGCUGUUAAUGGUUAAACAGUAAUCUGAUCUAUUCAGGAAUAAGAUGGUCUUAGACUUUCAAAAGGAAGGAACAUGAUUGGAGUUACUACUGUGAUGUGAUUAUUCUAAAUGAAGACAGCUCAGGCGUGGCGGCUAGGCAUUGGAGAUUUCCAGAUCAUGCCUGCGCCGCGCCACCGGCCUCAUUUAAAGAGGCCAGUGUGGAUUAUUGUUUUAGUUUCUUUUGUGAGCUUGUUGCUAAUUGGUGCUUACAUUUAUCCUUCCCGAAGCUCUGGAACCUGUUAUAUCUUUUCUUCAAAUGGCUGUAAGACUUUUUCCGAUUGGCUUCCACCUAUUCCUGCCAGGGAGCUUACAGAUGAUGAGAGAGCAGCUCGUGUUGUUAUUAGUGAUAUUUUGAGAACACCUCCUGUUCAGUCAAAGAAUGCUAAGAUUGCUUUCAUGUUCUUGACUCCGGGUACAUUACCUUUCGAAAGGCUGUGGGACAAAUUCUUCCAUGGCCAUGAAGACAGAUUCACUGUUUAUGUACAUGCAUCUAGGGAAAAGCCAGUGCAUGUUAGUCGUUACUUCAUUGAUCGAGACAUUCGUAGUGAGAAGGUCAUAUGGGGAAAAAUUUCUAUGGUUGAUGCUGAGAGGAGACUUUUGGCUAAUGCACUACAAGACCCUGAUAAUCAACAAUUUGUCUUACUUUCUGACAGUUGUGUGCCACUUUAUGAUUUUGAUUAUGUGUAUAAUUAUUUGAUGGAUACAAACAUGAGUUUUGUUGACUGCUUUGAGGAUCCUGGCCCACAUGGUUCUGGCAGAUAUUCAGAACAUAUGUUACCAGAGGUUGAAAAGAGGGAUUUUAGGAAGGGUGCACAGUGGUUCUCGGUGAAGCGGCAGCAUGCUCUGAUAGUGAUGGCAGACAGUCUUUACUACACUAAGUUCAAGCAUUACUGCAAGCCGGGGAUGGAAGGGAGAAAUUGCUAUUCUGAUGAGCAUUACAUUCCAACCCUUUUCCACAUGGUUGACCCUGGUGGCAUUGCGAAUUGGUCAGUCACACAUGUUGAUUGGUCUGAGGGAAAAUGGCAUCCAAAAGCAUAUAGGGCUCAGGAUGUCACCUAUGAGCUGCUGAAGAAUAUCACAUCUAUUGAUGAGAGCGUUCACGUUACAAGUGAGGCGAAGAAGGAAGUGCAGAUAAGGCCUUGCUUUUGGAAUGGUAUAAGACGACCGUGUUAUCUAUUUGCAAGGAAGUUCUACCCGGAAGCUCUGGAUAAGAUGCUGCACCUGUUAUCAAACUACACAUCAAUGUCUGAGUUUUCUCUGUGAUUAUUCUUUGGUCGGAUCCACAGUUUCGACCCCAUAGCCCCUCUGGUUUCUCCGUAAAUAUAUUGACAUGUUGUAAAAUGCCACAUUUUAGAUGGCUCAAAUGCCCCCCAACCAGGUUUCUUUUUCUAGAAGGGUGAUUGGCAGAGCAGCUAGGAUUUAUCCUGUCUGGGCUUGAGGAUGCUGCCAACUUGUUUCAUAGUGCUGCUUCCUCUAGGGGUAGUUUAUUUGCUGUUUUCCAUAUCCUUUUUCUCCCAUUUUCCCAUUUUUUCAUGUUUUACCUUCUUUUCCCGGCUAUUAAUGUGAUCCACUCAAAUGGAAAAUUUUGGAGAUCUAUGCAAAAGCAUUUUAAUGUUGUUGAUUCUUGUACA